CCAGGCAGCCGCGGGCGGACGGGCGAGCGAUGGGCCGGGGGCGCUGAGGGCCGCCGGGGCCGAGCACGCAGCGGGCGCCGCGCCGCCGCCCCGCGCCAACAUGCCCCGCGGCUUCCUGGUGAAGCGCAGCAAGAAGUCCACGCCCGUGUCCUACCGGGUCCGCGGCGGCGAGGACGGCGAGCGCGCGCCGCCGCUGGCGCCCGGGCUCGGGGCCGCCCGCGCGCAGCCCCAGGCGCCCGGCCCCGGGCCGCCGCCGCCGCCGCUUGGCCCGCGCGCCCAUGCCGCGCUCGCCGCCGCGCUGGCCUGCGCGCCCGGGCCGCCGCCGCCCCCGGCCGGCCCGCGGGCCGCGCACUUCGGCAACCCCGAGGCCGCGCACCCCGCGCCGCUCUACAGCCCCACGCGGCCCGUGAGCCGCGAGCACGACAGGCAGCAGUACUUCGAGCGCAGCUUCAACCUGGGCUCGCCUGUGUCCGCCGAGUCCUUCCCUACUCCCGCCGCGCUGCUGGCGGGCGGCGGCGGCGCCGGGCCGGGCGGCGGCACCUGCGGCGGGGACGCGCUGCUCUUCGCGCCCGCCGAGCUCAAGAUGGGCACCGCCUUCUCCGCCGGCGCCGACGCGGCCCGCGGGCCCGGGGCCCCGCCGUCCCCCGCCGCCGCCGCCCUGCGGCCCCCUGGCCGGCGGCCCGCGCCCCCCGCCACGGCGGCCUCCGAGCCGCCCGCCAAGGCGGCCAAGGCCCCGGGCGCCAAGAAGCCGAAGGCCAUCCGCAAGCUGCACUUCGAGGACGAGGUGACCACGUCGCCCGUGCUGGGGCUCCGGAUCAAGGAGGGCCCGGUGGAGGCACCGCGGGGCCGCGCCGGGGGCGCCGCGCGCCCGUUGGGCGAGUUCAUCUGCCAGCUGUGCAAGGAGGAGUACGCCGACCCGUUCGCGCUGGCGCAGCACAAGUGCUCGCGCAUCGUGCGCGUGGAGUACCGCUGCCCCGAGUGCGCCAAGGUCUUCAGCUGCCCGGCCAACCUGGCCUCGCACCGCCGCUGGCACAAGCCGCGCCCCGCGCCCGCCGCCGCCCGCGCGCCGGAGCCCGAGACCGCCGCCAGGGCCGAGGCGCGCGACGCCGCGGCCAGCGACCGCGACACGCCGAGCCCGGGCGGCGUGUCCGAGUCCGGCUCCGAGGACGGGCUCUACGAGUGCCACCACUGCGCCAAGAAGUUCCGGCGCCAGGCCUACCUGCGCAAGCACCUGCUGGCGCACCACCAGGCGCUGCAGGCCCAGGGCGCGCCGCCGCCGCCGCUGCCCGCCGAGGACAUCCCCGCCCUGUACGCGGGGCCCGAGGAAAAGGCGCCCCGGGAGGCCGCGGGCGACGGCGAGGCGGCCGGGCUGCUGGGCCUGAGCGCGGCCGCCGACGGCCACCCGUGCCCCGUGUGCGGGGAGAGCUUCCCCGGCAGGGGCGCCCAGGAGCGCCACCUGCGCCUGCUGCACGCCGCCCAGGUGUUCCCCUGCAAAUACUGCCCGGCCACCUUCUACAGCUCGCCCGGCCUCACGCGGCACAUCAACAAGUGCCACCCCUCCGAGAACAGGCAGGUGAUCCUCCUCCAGGUGCCCGUGCGCCCCGCCUGCUAGAGCGCGCCCCCGCCCGCGGCCGCCAGAACUGUGCCUUCGCCCGGAGACCCACAAGGGGAGCGCGCCCCCGUCCCGCCCCGCUCUGGGGCGUCCGGGCGCGACGGGAACCCCGUCGGUCCUCUCGCUGGGACU